UUUUAAUUAUGUUUGUAAGAGCACCUGCUAAGAUAAUAAUUUCAGGUGAGCAUUCUGUUGUAUAUGGACAUCGAGCAUUAUGUGCAGCCAUUAAUAAAUACACCAAAUUAAAAAUCUAUCCUAAUACAAGUAAUUCAAUUGAAUUAAGAUGGGGAAAUGAUUGGCAUGAAAUUUUAGAUCUAAAUUAAAAUGAUUCAAAGUCAUACUUAGCUUAAGUUGCUCAUAUACUAAAUAUAAAACCAUCCAUUAUAGAAGUAAACUCUGAAGUACCUAGUAGUUCUGGAUUAGGAUCAUCUGCCUCUUUUGCUGUUGCAUUAUCCAGAGCUAUGAAUGGUUCUAUUCAAUAGGCAAUAGAAAUAGAGAAUAUUUUUCAUGGCAAAAGAGGAAGCGGUUUAGAUGUAUAAGUGACCAAUCAUGGUGGUAUAUGCUUAUUUCAAAUUGGAAAAUCCGUUUAGUAAAUUGAUCUUCCUAUUUAAAAUAUCUUAUUAAUUGAUUCUGGAGAUAGAAAAUAAAAAGGUACUCAAGGAUCCAUUGCAAAAGUUAAAAAUUCUGUUGAACUAAAAGAUGGAAAAUAAAUCUUGGAUAGAAUUUCAGAAGUAACUGAAUCAAUAAUUAAAGAAGGCCUUGUUAAAGAGUUGAUUUAUGAAAAUCAUGAUCUUUUAGAUAGGUUAGGCAUUUGUACUGAUAGAAUUAAUGAUAUAAUUGUAAAGAUUUUAUUAAGUUUAGAGAAUUUGUAAAAAACAAAGUAUUCCUGCAAAAAUGACUGGAGCUGGAGAUGGAGGAUUUUGUAUUGCAUUUCCAUAAGAUGAACAAUAAUCCAAUUUUUUAAUUUAAUAACUCCAGAAUUAUAAAACUCUUAAAGCAACUAUAGAUUAUGAAGGAUGCAAAUUAAUUUGA